AUGGCUCCUUUGACGUCAGUCAUCUUGAGCAGUGUUUUUGUUUAUCUCACCCAUGCCCACAAACACGGAGUUCAAGUGAUUGGGGAAUUAAAGAAAGGACUGAACCCCAUUACAAUCAAGGAGUUGUCUUUUGGGUCUGAAUAUCUGUUUACAGCCAUCAAGACUGGCACCGUCACCGGAGUUAUUGCCCUUGCUGAAGGAAUUGCCGUGGGGAGAAGCUUUGCGAUGCUCAAGAAUUACAACAUUGAUGGUAACAAAGAGAUGAUUGCCUUUGGCAUGAUGAACAUUGCUGGUUCAUGCACUUCUUGCUACGUCACUACUGGUCCUUUUUCGCGUUCGGCUGUGAACUUAAAUGCGGGAUGCAAAACUGCAAUGUCAAACAUUGUGAUGGCAAUCACGGUCAUGAUCACAUUGUUGUUCCUGAUACCACUAUUUUAUUACACCCCAAUCGUCGUACUAUCUUCAAUCAUCGUUUCUGCAAUGCUCGGUCUUAUUAACUACAAAGAAGCUAUUCACCUAUGGAGUCUCGACAAAUUUGACUUUGUUGUGUGUAUGAGCGCGUUUUUAGGAGUGGUAUUUUGGAGCGUCGAAAUCGGAUUAGUCAUUGCGGUUGCAUUAUCAUUGCUUAGGGUACUCCUAUUUGUCGCGAGGCCAAAAACAUAUGCACUAGGUCACAUACCCAAUUCCUCAAUCUAUAGAAGCAUUGAUCAAUACCAAAAUGCGAAAAACAUCCCUGGAAUCUUGAUACUUCAAAUGGAUGCACCUAUUUACUUUGCUAACGCCGCCUACUUGCGAGAAAGGAUUUUACGGUGGGUUGACGAAGAGGAAGACAAAUUAAAGUCCCUAGGGGGAAAUAGCUUGCAAUACGUCAUACUUUCAUUGAGUGCGGUUGGAAACAUCGAUACGAGUGGUAUUACAAUGCUUGGAGAGGUUAAAAAAUUGAUGGAAAGAAGAGGACUAAAGUUGAUUUUGGCAAAUCCAGGAGGAGAAGUGAUAAAGAAGAUGAAUAAAGCCAAGUUAAUAGAUGUGGUUGCGGAAGAAUGGAUAUAUUUAACAGUGGGAGAAGCCAUUGGAGCGUGCAACUUCAUGCUUCGUUAA